CACAGAAGCUGUAGCCAAACACGGAAGAGGAAGAUCAAACUCACCUGCUACAAGACUACUCUCGGAGGAAGAUCAGUCAGAUGUGGAACCAGUCACAAAUGCUCCUCAAACAUUAUCGUGUUCCCCAUUGAAAAAUUUGAACAAAGAGAAAGAGUCAAUGGGCGACAAACGCAACGCCCUGCUGGUUGUCGCCACACUCAUCGCAAGCGCGACCUACCAAGCUGUGCUUCAGCCUCCAAGCUUUGCAGCAAAAGUCGACAGCGGUUUUACGAAAGGCUUCCUCGCAUCCUAUGAAUCUUGGAUGACCGGUCCUCUUGGCAGGGCCAUCGCGUACAUCGCCUUCAUGAGUGGCAACACAUUUGGACUCUUGCUGUCAAUUCAGAUGAUCAUUUGCCUCACCAGAGAUCUCCCUGUCAGGCUGCCACUGUUACUCUCCGUGACCGCAAUGGUUCACACUUACUAUUGCUUCACGUGUUACCUACUUUUCACGUUUCUGGACAAAGCGUUUGGUCUGAAAAAGGGGGAAUUGUUGAGCGUGCUGACGCUAACGACACCAAUUCUUAUUCUAUUGAUACAGAGGCGGUUGGCGCUAGCUUUAGAUUUUUGCUUGGAAAGGCUUUCUCGGUUUAACCUCCUAGGGGAUAUAUACCGUCUAAAGGCCUAAUUCGUCGUUGUUAAUGAUGGUAUAUCUCUUUCCUUAAGGUUGAGCUAAGAAAUGCAAGCCUUUAGCAGUAUUGGAUGGAGUUUGUUUGACAAGGUCAGAUAUUGAUUUCCUGUCCUUAAUUCUCUGCAGUUGAUUGUGUAAUGUCCCCGAGGGAUUCACCAUAUCGUAUUUUCCUUAUAAUCUGUUUCCUCAGUUAAUG